UUUCUUAGUUUUGAAUCAGUUUCCAAAAGAGUGUCAUCACUACAAGAAGUACAAAAAUAUUUUCCACUAUGGAAAUACCAUUGACAGGCGAUAUUAUUCUAUCCGACAAGACAGUGAAACGAAUAAUUAAACUAAAAACCGAUCAUUUGUGUAAUAUAAUCGAUUUAAAGGACGUGAAAAUAAACCUCAACUUCUUGGUCAAUGAUAAUUGUCAAAAAAACAGAUACGCAACAAUUAAAAUCAACAGUCCAGUAAUAAAUGAAGAAUUACGUGUUUUUCUAAAAAUACGAGAAAUUAAAAAUAUUAACAAUCAAUUUAGUAUUGUAAAAAGACUCGGUUUAUUUUAUCGUGAAAUUGAAAUUUACUCCUCGGUAUUUCCAAAAAUAUUAAAAAUCGAAGACGAGGAUAUUAUACCAAAAUUCUAUCACAAUGAAAAUGAUAGUGUUCUCAUUAUUGACGAUAUGAAGAGUAAAAAUUAUAGGGCAAUUAAUAAAAUGCAUUCUUUGGAUUUAUCACAUUGUAUUAUUGCGCUAAAAACACUCGCUAAAUUUCAUGCAAGAUCAAUUGUUUAUCAUAAAAAAAAUAUUGAAACACUGCCAUUAAUUGAUUAUACGAGAAAAUAUUCUAAUACGGAAAAAAUUAUGAUUCACGAAACUGAAAGUUAUUUGAGAAUUUAUUUUAAUUCAAUUGCUCAUUGUUUGGCGGAUUCAUUUCAUUUGAUUAAAGAAUUCGAGACAUUGGAGUGUAAAAAAUUUAAACUUAUUUUCCUCGAGAUGGUUGAUAAAUUUUUCGAUGUUGUUGCGCAUCCGAAUUUUUCAAAAUUACCAGUUUUAUGCCACUCGGACCUCGUCGCUUCAAAUCUAUUGUUUCGCUACAAUGACAACAAUGAACCUGUCACGUGUUGUUUCGUCGAUUUUCAAUUCACCAAAUACUCAUCACCAGCCUACGAUCUCUGGGGAUUUUUCUACAUGAAUACAACGAAGGAAAUGAGAAAUGAAGGAAUUGAUAUUUUUUGUAAAAUUUAUCACGAGACAUUGGUGAAAAUUUUAAAUGAAAAUCAAAUCAAUGGAAAUUAUUUAUUUUCACAUCAUGAAUUACAGGAUAUGAUGAAGAAUGAACGAAUUUAUGGAUUAAUACAGGGAAUUUUGAAUCUCUAUAGGGAAUAUCGUCAAGAAUUAAAAUCAAAAUAUGAAAAAGAUUAUCGUCAAAUAAUGUCAGAAUUGUGGAUGGAGACAUCAAUGUUGUCACGUCAGAAUAUUGAAAAUUAUCGAAACUACAAGAAAAGAAUAAUCGACCAAAUUAUUGAAUUGUAUUCAAUGGUAAUGACGUAAUAUUAUGUAACUUUUUUUUUGUAAAUUUAUUUUGUAUUUUUAAAAUUGACUUCGAUAUUUUUAAACUUUAUUGGAAAGUAAAAUAAAAGUAUUUUAACUUUAA